AUGAAGGAAUGUUUAAGAUACAAUCAUAAGAUAGUUGGAUACUUUACAGCAGUGGACUUGUCAGAAGUUAUACAAAAUUCACUUAUUGAUGAUGAUCAUUUCAAUGUAAUUAAUAAUAAAGAAAUGAAUCAAUCACUCAAUCAACCUUAUUUGAAUGAUCGCCCAGUUCCUAUGAAUCUACUUGAUGAUUACGUAACAAGUAAUCCUAUUUUACAUGGACAACAAUCAACUUUACAUGAGAAAUUUGGUUGUGAAUGUAAAA